UUAAGCUUGUUACUGACGAGGAGCUAUACUAUAAUAAAUUAUAUCGACUGGUCCAACGAAGACUGUAGUAACUCAAAUUUUCCACUUUUUGAGUUACGAGCGCAAAACAAUAAAACAUAAUGAUAUCUUCCCCAGGGCCUGGAUUCCGUGCACUGUAGAUAUCUACAGUCGCCUUCUAUCGAUGUCACGUGUCAUGAAAAUAUUUGAAUUUUUAGCUUUAAUUGAAUUAUUUUCUAGUUUUGCUAGGUUAUACUCUAAUUGAUGCUGAAGUGACACUUAGUAAAACAAGAAAAUAUUUGAAUUAAAACUAAAAAUUCAAAUAUUUUCAUGACAAUUGCCAUCGACAGAAAGCGACUGUAGAUAUCUACAGUGCACGGAAUCUAGGCCCAGGAAAGAAUCGUAUCUCAGUAAACGUAGUUAUGCAACCAAUAUUACGUGUAAGAGUUUUAUAGUAUCUCCGAUUUAUGAAAAACAACCGUAGAAAAUCAUCGUAUCUUGAGUUACAAUAGUCUUCGUUGUUAUCUGAGGCGAUAGCAUAGGUAUCGUAACAUGAGUUACUACGGUAUUCUGCGUUAGUUUAAGGUUAUGUUCAAAAGUUUAGUUUUGUUAUAAUUGCCAUAAUGUGUUCCAGAAGUGAGUUAAUAUUGGAAUUAGCUGAGAAAGCGUAUAAAAACACUGAAACGGAUAUUUCUUAUCGUUCUUUUGAAGGUAAACAUAUUGCUGAAAGUAUUGUAGAAGAAAGCAAAUACAAAAAGGCGAAUGAGGAUCCUGGUGACCACGAGACUGAUAUUAAUCCUGAAUGUUUUACAGUAAGCUUAGAAGAGAAUGAAGCCAAUAGGAAUGAAAAUGAAAUAAUUGAGAAUGAAAGCGAUGAGGAACCAUUUCAUGCAGACUCUGAUACUGACCCAGAUUACAUUCCGACAGAAGACAAAAACAUCCCUGAAGUAAUAAUUGAACCUAAUAAGAAUAUAACUGAAGCAACCACAAAUAGAAAGAGAAGAAGCAGAGGCAAUAUAGAGAGAGUAAGUAGGAAAAGAAUUAGAGACGUUAGUGAGUGGGCGGAUGAAAAACCUAAAACAAGUCUAAACCUGGGACUUGAACAUGAAAAUCGAAAAGGUAUUCAAAUUAAAGGAAGACAGAUGGGUGCACCAUGCGCAAACACAUGUAGACUAAAAUGUGCUACCAAAAUAGCUAAAGAAGAUAGAUACCUUUGUUUCAAUGAAUUUUGGAAGUUAAAAGAUCAUACGAGAAAGUGGGAUUUUAUUGCUCGUCAUGUGAGACAGGUUGCCAAAAAACAAGUAACUAUUACUGCAGAACAACGGUCUCGAAGAAAUUACUCUCGAGAAUAUUACUUCUACAUUCGCAAUGAAAAACAACGUUGUUCUGAAGCUAUUUCCUUGUGGCAUUUUUAUAAUUACGUAUUUUUUAUGGGAAAUAAGCCACAAUUUUACUAAAAAAUUACGUCUGAAUUGCCAA